ACGCGUUUUUCGCCCGGCUGACGGAACAACAUUAGCACCACGCUCCCUCCCGAGCCGGUGUAUCAUCUGCCGCCGAAACCGGCCGCCUUCAAUCAGCGAGAUGCUGUCAGGCUGGUUGGUGGCGUUGCUCGGCGUCCUGGUGGUGGCUUCGGCCGCAGACGUAGAUGAUGAACCUCCAAUUGUCGUCACCAAGUACGGAGCCCUGGAAGGGAAGCAGGUGUCGGUGAAGGGAACAGCCAAGCCCGUCUAUAACUACCUCAGUAUCCCUUUUGCGAAGCCGCCAGUUGGUCCCUUGAGGUUCUCCGUCCCGCAGACUCCAGAGACGUGGACUGGAACACGGAAAGCGACGACCUUCGCUCCAGGAUGUCUACAAAGUUCAUCUUUGGCAGAGUUCCUGACAGAUAUACUCUCAACUACCUCAGGACCAGAAACGUACAGUGAGGAUUGCCUGUACCUGAAUGUGUACACGCCUGUCCAGCCCACUGACACCAAGACCAAGCUUUCCGUUAUGGUCUGGAUUCAUGGUGGGGCCUUGGCGGUGGGGAGUGCUUUACCUUUCGAUGGAUCUCCACUUGCAGCGUACGAGGAUGUGGUGGUCGUGGUGAUCCAGUAUCGGCUGGGAGUUCUUGGAUUCCUCAGCUCAGGGGACGAGCAUAUGCCGGCAAACCUGGGAAUGUUGGAUCAGAUUGAAGCACUGAAGUGGGUCCAAGAAAAUAUCAAGAGCUUCGGAGGAGAUCCCAACUCGGUCACAGUAUUCGGGGAGUCUUCUGGAGGAACAGCUGUAUCGUUGCUCCUUGCUUCCCCCUUGGCGAAAGGUCUGUUCCACAAGGCGAUAUCCGAGAGUGGCUCUGCUCUGUACGAAAUAGUUUUUAACAGAAAACCAAACAUGACAGUUUGGGAGAUCGCAAGCAAGGUGGGCUGUGGCCUGAGCACCUCGCUGGAGGUUGUGGUUUGCCUCAGGAACAAGUCUGAAGAAGAAAUGUUUAACCUCACCCAGAGCACUAUGAUUUCACCUAUAGUGGUGGAUGGGAUCUUCCUAACGAAAAAUGCCGAGCAGGUCUUUGAAGCCAAAGAAAUGACUGUGGUCCCCUACUUGUUGGGAAUGACCAAUCACGAAGCUGGUUGGUUAAUGUCAAGGGUGUGGAGUCCACCAGGCUGGGAGAACGGACUGGACAGGGAGACCUCCAGAAUGAUCAUAAGUGCAUCACAACUCCUGACAGAGGAGGUGGUGCAACAAGCCCAGGACGAGUACAUGGGAGACACACAGGACAGGACAGAGAUCAGAGACCGACACCUUGAGUUGCUGGGAGAUGUGUUUAUGUUAGAGCCUACAAUCCGAGCUGCCAGAUAUUUCAGAGAUGCAGGGUGUCCUGUCUAUCUGUACGAGUUCCAGCAUAGCACGAGUUUCGCUAGGAAAUGCCGUCCUGAUUUUGUGAAGGCUGACCACGGAGACGAGAUUGGUUAUGUUUUUGGUAGUGCUUUCUGGGAUGGAGAUAUUUUGAUAAAUGGGAGCAUGACUGCUGAGGAGAUGGCAUUGAGCAGAACUAUAAUGAGAUACUGGGCCAACUUUGCCAAGACUGGGAACCCCAAUGGCGAGGGAUUGGUACAGUGGCCAGUCUAUGAUCAGAGUGAGAGCUACCUGCAGCUGAACCUGAAGCCGACGGUUGGGACAAAGCUGAAGGAACAUCGAAUGAAGAUCCUGACCAAAGUCCUGAAGCGCCAAGCUGGGGGCACGAUCAAACCAACCCCAGAGAGCUGUGCUGGGGCAGAGACCGAGCAAAGCUCGACAGCGGCGUGAAGUUGUGCAAUUUUCCAAAUAGAAGGAACGGCUUUUGGAUCAAGCGAGCUUUAGAAGGUUACGCUUCACGUCUUCUACAGUGUUGUCGCCGACUUGCUUUCAAAGCUGGCGUUGGAAACCAUCUGGACCUGUGGAUUUGUCGUCACCAUUGCUGUUUCUUUCAUCAUGAUUCUUUUUACAAGCUUAACAUCGGAAAAUAAUGUAUCAUUAAUCCUCUACAGUAAAUGACAAGAUGUAUC